CUCACCUCGACUCAGCCGCUUGGGCUGUGUACCUUCGUUUGAUCGUAAUCCUACAGGCCCCUCUCGUUACCUUACCUCGACUUUACCCUCGACCAUGCGCCUUACCUAGUUGUACCGUCUUCCCACGAAUUGAGUUUCGUUACUUCGCUCGCUCCAACACUCCGUAUCCGCUCGUUCGUUCGGGUCUGGAUCCCUUUGGCGCCGAACAAUCCUCGUCGGUUCUCUUCUCGACUCGAUGUUUGCACGAAUUGCGAACUUCCCAUAAGUUCUUUUUCGCGCGGAACCCUGGCGCGAAUUUGCAGUGGCGCUCGUUCUUCUAGACACUUCGGGUUGUUGACAUUCACCUGUGCCCUUGGCCCCCUUCGAUGGGCAGAAAGUGGCGAUGGGGCGUCAUCUUGGACGCCGGCUCAUCUGGAACUCGACUACACAUUUACCGAUGGAAAGAUCCCGAGAAGGCGCUCCAGAGUGCAACUCCGGAGGAUCUGCGCAACCUCCCAAAGCUGGUGACUGAUAAGGACUGGACUAAGAAGAUCAGGCCUGGGGUGUCGACUUUUGCUGAUAAGGCGGAGGAUGUCGGACCAAACCAUCUGCAGGUGUUGGUCGACCAUGCGCUCAAAGUCAUACCGAAGGACAAGGUCGAAGAUACGCCCAUCUUUCUCAUGGCGACAGCAGGGAUGCGUCUGCUGCCGCAAGCCCAGCAAAGGGCCUUGACGAGCGAGAUAUGUUCCUAUCUCCGGCAGAACACUCGGUUCUCGCUCCCAGACUGCGACCUACACAUCCAGGUCAUCAAGGGCGAAACGGAAGGACUCUAUGGGUGGAUCGCGUCAAACUACCUCUUGGGCGGAUUCGAUCACCCAGACAAGCAUCAACAUGGCAAGGGCCAUCACACUUACGGGUUUCUGGACAUGGGCGGCGCAUCAGCACAGAUCGCGUUCGCGCCGAAUGCGACUGAGGCUGAAAAACACGCAAACGAUCUCAAGCUGCUGCGCUUGCGCACGCUCGAUGGAUACCCUGCGGAAUACAAGGUCUUCACCACGACAUGGCUUGGUUUCGGUGUCAACCAAGCGAGGGAAGCAUAUGUCAAGAAUCUCCGGGAGCGGUACGCGGAGACCGAGAUGGAAUUACCCGACCCAUGUCUGCCGAGGGGGUUGCGGACAACUCUGGGUGGUGACCCGUUAGAGAAGCGGGAGUCCGGCAUGCCAACGUUAAUCGGCACCGGGCAGUUUGACGAGUGUCUGCAGCUGACCUAUCCCUUGCUCGGCAAGGACAAGCCUUGUGAAGAUAGCCCCUGCUUGCUGAAUGGUCAACAUGCUCCGGCCAUCGACUUCGACGUGAAUCAUUUCAUCGGCGUCUCGGAGUAUUGGCAUACGACACACGGUGUGUUCGGCGGCAAGGACGACAAGGCGUAUGACUUCGCGUCCUAUCAGCGGCGAGUGAAGGAAUUUUGCGGCCGUGAUUGGGAUCAGAUCAAGGCAAAGACGAAUAGCCUAAAAGGGGAUGGAAUAAAAGUUGCUCAGGAGGCUUGUUUCAAAGCCUCUUGGCUGCUCAACGUCCUUCACGAAGGGAUUGGUGUUCCCCGAAUCGGCCUUGAGGAUGUGCCAACGGCGAAUGCGUCCAAGGGCGCUCUCGAGCACGCCAAAGAGAGGGGGUUUCUCCAGCCCUUCCAACCAGUCGACAAGAUUGACGGUAUCGAAGUGAGCUGGACGCUCGGGAAGAUGGUUCUCUACGCGGCUGGGCAAAUACCGCCGGCCACGCGUGACGGCCGGUAUCCCGUCGGUUUCGGCAGCAACGUGGAAGGGACUCCGUACGACUUUCAGUUCGCAGGCUCCAGUUGGAAACCCAUUGGCAACCAAACCAGCGAAGCCGACGAUGACUGGGAGCUUAACGCCGAAGACAUUCUCGACAAGGCGAAAUCCAAGUCCACAAGCUUCUUCUUCGCAUUUGUGUUCUUUCUGUUCCUCUUUCUCUACUUCUUCCGCAAACGCGAGCGGCGCAUGCGCCUCUACAGCCGCUUCAGCCAAGUCAUCCGGCGGCAGCGCAAGCCAGGGCACAGCAAUCCGCGCAAGAACGGGGGCGGUGGCGGGACGCGCGCCCUGUCCGGGCUCGCGACCAAAUUCUUUGGCGGUCGACGACCCUCGUGGGGCGGCGCAUACGAGCGCGUCAUGGAGGAAGGCGAGGCCAGCCGCUUUGAGCUGGGCGAGGUAGAGUCGGAUGACGGCCACGAGUACUCGGACUCGAGCGACGGGCUGUCGGCGCUCUCGGCCAAAUCGGCGUCAUCCAGGCGGUUCGGCCUCUCGUCUGGGCUGUCUACGCCGCAAGUCGUCGACCAUCAUCAUUACCACCACGGCCUGGCGUCGCCAACCGUGACGGCGCUGGACCGGAGCGGGCUGGUGGUCCGGACCGAGAGCCGCGAGCGGUUGACGCUCUCGCCGCAUCUGGCGAUGUCUGGCGUUGGCAGGAGGAGUAGGGCGGGAAGCCCGACGCGGCUCAAGAGCCCGCUGAUGUCCCCCCUGCAGGAGUCGUAGUGCUGUCGACCUGCGUGGCGGACACGCGGUGGUUUGGGGAAUGCAUUAUGGUUCCUCUUGUGUGGGGGAUUAUACUUCUAUUAUUUUUACGCUUCUUCUCUGGGCGCUGGCUGUUUACGUGGUUUAAUCUAA